GGGUCUUGUGCGUCACCUGACGCACUUCACAGCCCCUGGCCGACGCCGCGUCAGCUGAUUUUGGAGUUGCGCUGCUUGCAGGCCGGUCGGGGCUUUCCAGGGCCGCCGCCCCUGCUGCAGCCAUGUCGUUCUUCCCGGAGCUAUACUUCAACGUAGACAAUGGCUACUUGGAGGGACUGGUGCGCGGCCUGAAGGCAGGGGUGCUCAGCCAGGCCGACUAUCUCAACCUGGUGCAGUGCGAGACGCUAGAGGACUUGAAGUUGCACCUACAGAGCACAGACUACGGCAACUUCCUGGCCAACGAGGCCUCGCCUCUGACAGUGUCAGUCAUCGAUGACCGGCUCAAGGAAAAGAUGGUGGUGGAGUUCCGCCACAUGAGGAACCAUGCCUAUGAGCCACUUGCCAGCUUCCUGGAUUUUAUUACUUACAGCUACAUGAUUGACAAUGUGAUCCUGCUCAUCACGGGCACGCUGCACCACCGCUCCAUUGCUGAGCUCGUACCCAAGUGCCACCCACUAGGCAGCUUCGAACAGAUGGAAGCCGUGAACAUCGCACAGACACCUGCUGAGCUCUACAAUGCCAUUCUGGUGGACACGCCCCUGGCGGCUUUUUUCCAAGACUGCAUCUCAGAACAGGACCUUGAUGAGAUGAACAUUGAGAUCAUCCGCAACACACUCUACAAGGCCUACCUGGAGUCCUUCUACAAGUUCUGCACCUUACUGGGCGGGACCACAGCUGAUGCCAUGUGCCCCAUCCUGGAGGCUUCCUUUUCUUCCCUCUCUCCUUGCCUAUGCACUGCUCUGCAGUUUGAAGCAGACCGUCGCGCCUUCAUCAUCACCAUCAACUCUUUCGGCACAGAGCUGUCUAAGGAGGACCGUGCCAAGCUCUUUCCUCACUGUGGACGCCUCUACCCUGAGGGCCUGGCUCAGCUGGCUCGGGCUGAUGACUAUGAACAGGUCAAGAAUGUGGCCGAUUACUACCCGGAAUACAAACUGCUUUUUGAGGGUGCAGGGAGCAAUCCUGGAGACAAGACCCUGGAGGACCGAUUCUUUGAGCAUGAGGUGAAACUGAACAAGUUGGCAUUCCUGAACCAGUUCCACUUUGGAGUCUUCUAUGCCUUUGUGAAGCUUAAGGAGCAGGAGUGUCGCAAUAUUGUGUGGAUUGCUGAGUGCAUUGCCCAGCGCCAUCGCGCCAAGAUCGACAACUACAUCCCCAUCUUCUAGCAUCCUGACCCAAGGGUCCCAGGUGUACUGUGUAUGUCUGUGUGUGCUGUGAUGAAGCCCAUGGCUCACCUGCCUACCCUCGGGUGGGUAGCACAUUAUUCUAGGGGCUGUGCAGCUUCCCUGACCCCCACCCCCAUCUGGGACUGCUUUUAGGUCUGAAAAAGAGUUGGGCACUUCUUCCCUGACCAAGAAUGGACCAAGACGCCCUCAGAGCAAUGAGGCCCCAUCAGCCCUAUGUUUACAGCCACUGACAUGUCUGAGAAGCAUGUGGUCACCUUCAUGUCCCUCCCUAACCUGAAAACCCUGGGGGCAGUAAGACCUUCCUUUCCCAGAGCUGUGGCCCAUGGGAAAGAUAGAAUACGUGUAUCCUUGGGGCAUGGGGAAGGUAGUUCUCCCUCAGCUCUGGAUCUGAGACAAUAAAACUGCCCUCACUAAGUCCA